AUGUCCGAGGCCCAGCGGAAGCGUGCUCGAGAGGAGGAGGAGGAUACCGGCCAUGGCUCCAUGAGCUUUGGCGAACACCGAAACAAACGAAUCCAGUGUCUCCCUCUCCGAACCUCCCCGCGAGCCUCUCAGCAAUGGCUGCCUUCAUCGUCCAUGACCCCCCAGAACUCCGACUCGGAUGACCUACCUCCCCAAUCCCACUUCUCGCCAUGGUCUUCGUCGAUGGGAAUGUCCUCCCAACCCGGAAAUGAUGCCGAGAUGGACAUGAUGGACACAGCCUCUUCCCAGGGGCGGCACCAUCAUACCAACUCCACCGGUUCACAGUCCGAUAACGCCAACGGUCGACUGCCCACCCCGAUCCAACCCAGCUUCGCUGCUCAGGUUAGAGGCCAGCAAUGCGAAUGGGCUGGCCCGGGACCGGCUGUGACGAGCCUCAACGGCCUUGUCAAUCUCGGCCAUCAACAGACUGGCUUUUCCGACGACCAAUGUGUUCCCCGCACCGUGGCUGCCUCUAGCGCCUGGCAGGCUGUUCAAAACAACCGACGCCUGCCUUCUCCUAUUUCCGAGGGUGACGACUCCAUGUCGAGUCAAGCUAUCGCCUCCCCCGGAAUGGGCGGUGACAUGGGCAUCCCCGCUCACCAAACGAAUGGUCUCGAGUAUGUUGCGCCCCAGCCAUCGCCCCCGCAUGCGAUGGAGCAUCCCAACGCUAUGAUGGAUAUUGAAUCUCAGUCUCCGCCACGAACUGCCGACGGCGAGGAGGAUCCGACAACACCUUCUCCCAACCGGAGAGGCCAUACUCGCAGUCGGCACACCGUCAACAACUGGACUUGGCAGCCAGGGAUGAAAAAGAGCUUUAGCAUUGGAUAUCGGGUCGACUGUGAGAAAUGUCGACUUAAGGUGCCAGGGCACUUCAACCACAUCAUCAUCUCCCAGGGGAGCGAGACGACGAUCCUGGACCCCAAAGACCAUGCAACGCUGUAG